GCUGCUACGUACACACGAACAUGUCAGCUGCCUGUGAGUACGCAGGCAUACUGCUCAAACUGUCCAGCCUCAUUAGCCUCCUCACAAUAUCAUCGGUUCGAGGUGCACCUUUGUAUUUUACCAAGCAUCCACAGUCCACAAUUGCAGCACCAGAUACAAAUUUGCAGUUGACAUGUGAAGCUGUUGGCAGGCUACCAAUAACAUACAGAUGGUUGCGCAAUGGAGAGGACUUGAUAAUUCGAGGUAAUGUAGAAGUGGAGGGUGGAACAAUUUCUUUCAAACCUUUCCAGUUUGAUCAUCGAGUUUACAAACAUCAUGUGGGUCAAUAUCAGUGCAUUGCAACAAAUCAAGAUGGUGCUGUGUUUAGUGAGCCUGCUGACGUUGAAUCUUACAGUGAGUAGCUGAGUACUUUAACAUAUUAAUUAAGUACAGCUAACUUGAUUGUAAUAUAAUUCUCCAUUUGUGUAUAGUCAUGUCUUUUACUUUGUUGUGUGUUUGCUUGUUGACUUGUGUUUGGUGUGUGUACUGUGUGUGUG